AUGUCUCUUGAAUCAUUGAAAGCUGAAAUUGAACGUAAACGUAAAAAUGUUGAAUCUAUGAAUGUUUUAUUACCUGAAAAAAAAUUUUUUCGUCGUGGUGAUCUUGAAGCUAAACAUGAUGAAGAAUAUUGGAAAAAAUAUUAUUCAAAAUCUGAUAAUUCAAAUAAAGCAUCAACAUCAACUGAAGAUACAAAUGAAAAAACAACAAUACCAAAUGAAAAAUUUCAAUUACCAUCACGACCAGAUGUUAUUAAAAAAUUACGUGAACGUAAUCAACCAAUACGUCUUUUUGGAGAAUCAGAUGUUGAUUCAUAUCGAAGAUUAAGACUAUUAGAAAUAACUGAACCUGAACUUAAAGGACAACGAAAUGAUUUUAAAGCUGCUAUGGAUAAAAUUGAUCGUGAAUAUUUAGCUGUUAUACUUCAUGCAGAUAAUCCAUCAUCAUUAGAAACAAAUUCUGAUGAAAAAGAUGAAGAACAAGAUAUUGGACCACCAAUACCAAAUCAAAUAGAAGAAGUUAAAGAAGAAAGUGGUUAUGAUUUAUCUGAUAUAAUGGAACAAAUAAAAACAACACGUAAAGGUAAUCGUGCAUAUGAUUGUCAAGUUGUAUUAAAUUAUUUUAAAUUUAUACUUAAAAAAUGGUCACAAGAAUUAAAUGAUCGUGAAUUAGAAGAAAAAAAAUCUAUACAAGGUAAAAUUGAAACAGCAUUACAUUCACAAACAUGUGCUUAUAUGAAACCAUUAUUUCGUAAAUUAAAAUCUAAUACAUUACAAGAUGAUAUACUUGAAUCAUUAAUUAAUGUUGUUAAUUGUGUUUUAAAAAAAAAUUAUAUUCGAGCAAAUGAAUUUUUUCUUGAAAUGGCUAUUGGAAAUGCACCAUGGCCUCUUGGUGCUACUAUGGUUGGUAUCCAUCCUCGUCCAGGCCGUGAAAAAAUUGCUUCAAAACAUGUUGCUCAUGUACUUAAUGACGAAACACAACGUAAAUAUAUUCAAGCAGUUAAACGUCUUGUAAGUCGAGCACAAAAAAUCUAUCCAAAUGAACCAUCGCGUUGUGUUGAUUAUGGACAACGUAAUGACAACGUAACUAUUAUUCCAUUUGGACACCAUUAA